GAUAAGCGAAGCCAUCUCUCCAUCCGAAAGAGUCAGAGACCAACAAGCUCCUCGCCAAACAAGAGCUCACUCCCUCCAGAAAUUGCAAUAAUUUUAAACAUUUCCAAAUUUCCAAGAAGCUCACAUUGAAAAAGAUAAAGCAGAACAAGGCUAAGGAAAUAAAACUGGACGUCUCUUAUAAACUGAGAACAAUUUUUUGCUCUGGAACACUCGCCCCACGCCGAAAUUUGAAGAACGAGUCGUUGAGAUCGAAGGAACUUCCGAGUAGAACGAGGCGUUGCCCUUGAAUGGAGGGCAGCCAGAAACCGCUCGACCUCCCAACGGACAUAGGGAACCGUUUUCAUGAGAACGGACGACUUCCUCCUUCUCACUCCGUCCAACCACGGCCAACACCACGUGACGAUAACCACGUGCAGUCCCCUUCAGCUAACAGCAGGUCAUCAAAAGUCAAGAAAUUGCCGGAAGUUGGCACUGAGAAAAUCCCAUGCAAAAUCUGCCUUUGUCCCUUCGCCAACGCGACUAGUGCUCACCUCCACGCCCACACCCACUUCAACCCCCAUGAGCUGGAACAGUCCUCAAUUUUCCAUGCGAAGUGCCCCCACUGUGAUAAAGCAUUCUUCAUUCGUCGCGACUUUGUCGACCAUGUGGCUGCGCACGACGGUCAGAAAAACUACACCUGCCCCGUGUGCAGGCAGAAGUUCACCCAAAAAACACAUCUGACCGGGCACCUCUUCGUCCACCUGAGCCGCGAGGAGCGCGCGGUGAUGGCGCAGGGCUGGCGACACGUCUGCUACUUCUGCAGCAAACCAUUCCAAAGUCUAUCUCGUCUCGCUGGCAAACUUGACCCGGCAUCGCUUCGUCCAUUUGAGCGGCGAGGAGCGUGCCGAAGUGCGGCGAGGGUGGCGCCACGACUGCUACUUUUGCCAAAAACGAUUCCAAAGACCAUCCGAUCUCAGUCGUCAUCUUGCGACCCACACAAAGGAAAAGCUGGGCGGGAAGUGUCACCUUUGUCGAAAAACGUUCUCCUCCAAACGAGCCCUGACCUGCCAUGGUUUCCUCCGAAGACGAAAAGGUCGCCCUCGUGA